ACAAGAUGUUUUUGGCAGUGAGUCGAAGACAGUGCUGUACAGCUACAAAAAGAGUUUUAAUGGGUUCGUGGUGGAUUUGACUGAGGAAGAAGCACAAAAAAUGGCCGGAAUGAAGGGUGUAGUAUCAGUGUUUCCAAAUGAAAAGAGAAAACUACAUACAACAAGGUCAUGGGAUUUUAUGGGAUUCCCUCAACAAGUUGAAAGAGCAACCAUGGAAAGUGAUGUUAUCAUUGGUGUUUUAGACACUGGAAUUUGGCCUGAAUCUCUAAGCUUUGAUGACAAAGGACUUGGUCCACCUCCUUCCAAAUGGAAAGGCAGUUGCCAAUUUCAACCACAAGACAAUUUCACUUGCAACAACAAGAUCAUAGGUGCAAAAUAUUACCGCAGCGAUGGACUGUUUUUACCGGAUGACUUUGAAUCUCCGAGAGACUCCGACGGUCAUGGGACUCAUACUGCUUCCACGGCAGCCGGGAAUUUAGUCGACGGUGCAAGUCUUUACGGCUUUGGUUCAGGAACAGCUCGAGGAGGGGUUCCAUCGGCACGCAUUGCGGUGUACAAAGUAUGUUGGUCCGAUGGUUGUCAGGAUGCCGACAUUCUCGCGGGAUUCGAUGAUGCAAUCUCUGAUGGAGUCGAUAUUAUAUCAAUUUCACUCGGCGGAGGACGGACCAGAGACUAUUUCGAAGAUGCGAUCGAUAUCGCAUCUUUUCAUGCCAUGAAAAGCGGUAUACUGACUGUAAGUUCUGCGGGUAACGAAGGCCCUGGACGUUCAACGAUCUCUAAUUUCUCACCGUGGUCGCUUUCCGUGGCAGCUAGCACCAUCGAUCGCAAGUUUUCCACUAAGGUUCAACUUGGCAACAACAAGAUUUAUGAGGGAGUAUCAAUAAAUACAUUUGAUCUCAAGAAUAAAACAUACCCUAUGAUUUAUGGUGGAGAUGCACCAAACACUACUACAGCAUCUAGUAGAUCAUCCAGGUUAUGUUUUUCGAAUUCAUUGGAUAAAAAUUUGGUGAAGGGUAAGAUUGUUCUUUGUGAUACGAUACGCACUAACGGGAUAGGAGCCCUUUUGGCUGGUGCAGCUGGGACCGUGGCUCGAGACCAGGACAGCAUUGACUAUUCUAGCCUUUUUCCUUUGCCUGCAUCUUGUUUUAACUUGGUUGACGGUCGUAACAUUUUUCAGUACGUAAACUCCACCAGUGCUCCAACAGCAACUAUAUUCAGGAGUAGUGAGGUUAAUGACUCAUUGGCUCCUUAUAUCAUCUCUUUCUCGUCGAGAGGUCCGAAUCCGAUUACACCCGAGAUUAUUAAGCCAGAUAUAUCAGCACCAGGGGUUCACAUUCUAGCAGCGUGGUCUUCAAUUUCUCCUGUUUCUUCAGUUCCAGGCGACAACAGGUUCGUGACAUUCAACAUAAUCUCAGGAACAUCAAUGUCUUGUCCUCAUGUUUCUGGUGCAGCUGCCUACGUUAAAUCAUUUCAUCCCACAUGGUCUCCUGCUGCUAUUCAAUCUGCCCUUAUGACCACAGCCGCCCCCAUGAGCUCUGGCAUCAACAUGGAAGCUGAAUUUGCAUACGGUUCAGGCCAUUUGAAUCCUUUAAAAGCUGCAAAUCCAGGUCUAGUAUACGAUGCCAAUGAAACCGAUUACAUAAACUUCUUAUGCGGACAAGGAUACGCCACUCGGUUAAUACGAUUAUUAUCCAAAGACAACUCCACUUGUCCUAAAGACACUAAUGGGACAGUUUCGGAACUAAACUACCCUUCCUUUGGUCUUUCCACUUCGCCAUUGAAACCAUUCAGCCGUACCUUCAAAAGGACCGUCACAAACGUGGGAUCUCCGACGGCGGUUUACAGAGCUAACCUGAGUUUUUCGACAGGUACGUUGAAAAUCAGGGUUAACCCCGAUGUUCUGUCGUUCACGUCGGUGGGACAAAAGCUGUCUUUUGAAGUAAUAGUGGAAGCGACAAUGGAUAAAGCUAUGGUGUCUGGUGCUUUAGUGUGGGACGAUGGUGAGCACAAAGUGAGGAGUCCCAUCGUUGUGUUUAUAUGAACAUCCUUCUAUUUUGUUAACUCCAUGUUUGUACGAUGUAAUUGGUUGCUUCAUGUCUUUGUUUGCUUUCUUUGGUAAUAAAACUCUUAAAAUUAUAUGCUA